AUGGAGCCCCAGGAGGCGCAGCUGCUAACUUUGGAGGCUACAAAGGGACCCGCGCCCUUUGAAGAACCCUCGCCAGCCCAGGAGCUGCCCGCCGCGGGCGUCUUCUGCAUGGAGGGUGGCAGGGACGGCGGCAGCACAGCGGAGCCCGGGACCCCCGACGCCGAGCUCUUGUCCCCGGAGGAGAAGGCUGCCCUCCAGGAGCAGGAGGAGCUAAUGGAAUAUCGCCGCCGCCGCCGUGCGCGUUCCUUCUCGCUGCCCGCCGACCCGAUAUUACAGGCAGCCAAGUUCCUGCAGCAGCGACAGCAGCUCGCUCUGGGGCUGGGCGCGGAGGGUGGCGAGAGGGCGGAGGACACGCCGCACAGCCCGGGUGGUUGCUGCGCCAAGUGCAAGAAGCGAGUGCAGUUUGCGGACACGCUGGGGCUCAGCCUGGCCAGCAUUAAGCACUUCAGCGAGGCCGAGGAGCCGCAGGUGCCGCCAGCGGUGCUCUCCCGCCUCCGCAGCUUCCCCAUGAGCGCCGAGGACCUGCAGCAGCUCCCGGGCCUGCUGGCGGCGGCUGCUGUGCCGCUCUCCGCGCCGCCUCCACGCCUCCGUCCUCUCUUCGAGCUUCCCGGGCCUGGCGCCGCGGCCGAGCGCCUGCGGCGGCAACGCGUGUGCCUGGAGCGCGUGCACUGUUCGGUUCCCUGGGGCGCGGAGGUGACAGGUUCCGGCCGGGUUCUGGGCUGCCCCGGGCCGAGGGCCGUGGCCGUGCGCUACACUUUCACUGAGUGGCGCUCCUUCCUGGACGUGCCCGCAGAAUUGCAACCUGAACCAGUGGAGCUACAGCGGCAGGAGACGCCGUCGAGGGAACCUGGGAGCGGAGGUGCCGAGGAGGAACAGAGUGCUGAGCGCUUUCACUUCUCUCUGUGCUUGCCCCCGGGUCUGCAGCCCAAGGACGGGGAGGACAUCAACGCGCCAGACGUAGCCGUCCACUUCGCAGUCUGCUACCGCUGUGCCCAAGGGGAGUACUGGGACAACAACGCGGGGGCCAACUACACUCUGCGCUACGCGCGGCCCACGGACGCUGUCUGA